CUCUUUCCUCAUCAUAAAAUCUCCAUAGCCAUCGAGCUUAAUCGCCAUACCUCUUUUAGAAAUUCACGAAUCACGACUACGUUUCUUAAAGAUGCUACUCAGGAGCUCAUCAAAUCCCGCACUCAAUUCAUGGUUUCAACAACAAAAUCCCAAAGGAUUAUCAUCACCGGAACCAGAUUUCAUUCAUCGAAACAUGAGAUCACCGGCAAUUUCAAUGCAUUCGUCAUGUUCACCGAAUGAUGCGUCCAAGAAGCUCUCCAGAGCCUCAUCGGAGAGUGACUUGAUCGGUUUUUCUCAGCCAAAACGUAGGAAUUCUUUGAGUAGUGCAAACAUCUUGCUUUCUUCGGUGGCGGUGGAAGAGGACGUCGAAGCGGAAGAGAGCGAAAACAGAGGUUUGCUUUUUUCGAGUUCUGGUUUGGAUUGUAAUGAGGGGUGUGGAGUACGUCUUAUGGAGGAUGGCACCGGUGGAAGCGAUGGUGGUGGAAAGAUCUGUGGAGGCGGUGGUGAUAACGGUGAUUAUAAUGGAAGUGAUGGUACAGAUGUGUAUUAUCAGAAUAUGAUCGAAGCAAACCCUGGCAAUUCAUUGAUUCUCGGCAAUUACGCGAAAUACCUGAAAGAGGUGCGAUGUGAUUUCUCGAGGGCUGAGGAGUAUUGCAGCCGAGCAAUCCUGGCAAACCCUAGCGAUGGAAAUACUUUAUCAAUGUAUGCCGAUUUGAUUUGGGAGACACAAAAGGAUGCAUCUCGUGCACAGAGUUACUUCGAUCAAGCAGUCAAAGCUUCUCCAGAUGACUGUUAUGUAAUGGCAUCUUAUGCUCGGUUUCUUUGGGAUGCUGAUGAAGAAGACGAAGAAGAAGUUUCCAAUAUGAAUCUAUCAUCAACAAGUUUCUUCCAUGAAUCUUCACAACAAUUUCCAAUUGCUGCAGCAUAAUAAAGAUGAAUCCAGAACCAUAACUUUAAUAACAGAGAUCUAUCUUACUUAGUAACAGUCUGACCCAUCUUCCUUUCGUUGUUUCUUGUACUUUUUUGAAUCAAUUAAGUCAUAUUGGUGUUCAAGAUGAGAUCAUUCUCUCACUAUGUUAUAGGAGUAGUUAUUAUGUCAAAGAUUCAGUCUUUUUUGUAAUUAUCAUGUGAUAAAGUAAUAAUAUGAUGC